AUGGCAGCCCAUUAUCGGAGGCUUGAGAAGGCCCAGGAGCUAGGGUGGCAAUUUAGUGUGGAAAGUGAGGUGACAGUGCCAUUUCACCCAACGAUUUCUGAGGCAACCAGCCAUUCUUAUGCCCAGACGGUUCAGUCCUGGAGGACGUUGUACCCCCUCCCCUUUGAUAAGACGGGUGGAAGUGUUGAUCUAGUAUCAGAUUUUAUUUUGAUUGCCUUCGGCGUCCACCACCCAAUACACUACCAACUGUACCGGAAAUCAAGGAAUGGAUCCGAUAUAUUGCUCUUGGCCAGGGCCACCUGGGAGACACCCCAACACAACUUACAGUUCACACAUAUUGGAAGCGGCUGUGUUGUGGCUUACAUAGGGAAAUGCAUGAGGAGUUCCCGAAGCCGGUAUGCCAGGAGAUUGAUAACGUAUGCUGUCAUCCCUCUAUCAACCUAUGGUGUUGCUAAACCUAGUUCAAGUUUCUACAAGGCAACCUCGCUCAUCCGGGAGAGCCAGACCUUCACCUUACCGUUGUGAAGUGGCCGAAAAGUAAUUUUAUGAUAUCAGAUGUUGAGCGCCUGUUAUGGUUUCUAUGGGGGAGAGACUGGAAACUGUUCUCCAGCGAGCGUUCCAGAUUGCAAAUAGCGCUCUGCGUAUUGUUGACAUCCUAUACAGCAGACCGUAUAGGAGGGAUUGUUGAAUCAAGGACACGUCAGGGGACAAAUAUGUCUCUCUUGUAUGGAGUAUGUAUGCUAACCUGAACUGUGUCAGGUACCGCUCCUCGCUGACAUGGUAUGUAUAGCACUGUAGCUUCGGUCUGAUGGCCACACAGGAGGGCAAACCUGCGGAUCUGGUCCUUACUAUCGGGAAGGUCUAUAUCAAAGGGGAUCAAGUCAGGGAACGUACUGUGUAGGUACCUUUAGCUCUCCCUCUGCUCCCGUGUUCCCUCACCUGACCUCUAACUGAACUAGUCCACAGACCCUGCUUCAUCAGGUGGUUCUCGGCUUUGGACAUGGACUAGAUCCUGUGAUACUCUUCCUUGCACUAGCAUUCGCGGAUGAUGCCUUCGAUGAUUUAACUAUGGAGCGUCUCCUAGAGAUGCAGCGGUCUCAAACAGGCUUGAGAAGAAUGUUUAAAUGGAGGGAGUCAGUUACAGAAAUGCCAGUCUUUCGGCAGUGCGAACGAAAUGGAGGUGUAAGCCGCAAAAGAGCCUUGACAUACCAGGCAAUAAGUAAUUGCCUUCGGGAUCUGGCUCAACGGUCUGGCUUCAUGGAAAGGGCUACCUUUCAGGCCAUACGUAGAGCCACUGGAAAUACUAUUCAUGGUAUGCUUGCCUUGUCCAUUACCCUAGUCUUAUCUAACACACAUUGGCCUUAGGUAAAGUGCUACAAUAUGAUCACCGGAGGGUGAUGACCCAUAGAAAGUCGGGAACAUUUGAUCGUUUUUAUGCCUCAUCCAUAUCACCUGUUGAUACUCAGUCCCUUGUUCUAGGGCGUUGGCAGCGGUUAGAUUUGACCUCACAGUUCCUUCAAACGGGAUGCCGACAUGAUGAGGCGGUGCCACAGAACCUUCCAGACAGUACCCUGGAGGAGAUAGAAGGCGAUAGGAUAUUGCAGGGCUAUGAGGAUGAAAGGGCCCGAUAUCUAUCAGAGUUGCAAUAUGGGCAUGGAAGCAUUAAGAGAUCACCCAUGCCCGAACAACGGCAGUACAAUGCCCUUUAUGAGCGUGUCCGUAGCCAACGAAAUCGGUUACGCAAGAGGGCAUUGGACAAGCUCCAGGAGGAUUGGGCUCACGAGAAAGAGAAGACCGCACCGGGACUUUGUUCACAAACCAUUCCUACCGACUUCGAUGACUAUACCACGAAGGUUAAGAUUCCGCAGCAUGGCCUAUACCCUCUAAGGAGACGGAUCGCGGAUGGCAUGUUCGGGUAUCCUAAAACUACGGACGUGUUGGAUAUAUCAUUACUCUCUGAUCUUGCCAACCUUUCUCGAGGAUUAGUGUAAUUGUACUAUAUUGAUAACUCCUUGGUAGUGUCAGUGCGGGCUUUAUUGGAAGGUAUAAAUAUUUAUGUAUUUGCUUAAUGCUGGGGCGGCUGGGCAUGGUGGGAACC